AUGGAUGUUCCAGUUAUUGUCCUCAGCCUUUCCUCAGUGGUCAGCACCACCAGCAUCACCAGGCAGUCUGAGGCGACCCACUCUGUCACGGCGACCGUUACCAAGGUGACCACCAGGGAGAAGGUGUCGGCUUUGUGGCAAACUCGAGAGUCGCCGCCGCCUCAGAAGAAGAGACAAGUGGUUGUGGACUCUGAGCUGAGGAAACGGUUUGAUGUUGACUUCACAGAGGUCCACAGCUAUAUGACCCGUGGCGAGGCCAUCCUGCAGAGCCCCGAGUUCUCAGUGUCACGCAAAGACGGGAGCAUUCAGGAGCUGCAUGACAAAGUUCUGGCCAUCGACAGAGAGCGGCCAGAGAAGUACAGAAAGCUUCAGGAGGCGACGCGCACGGCGCAGACGCUCGUCGAGCAGGAGGGGAGCCGUGCAGACGACAUCGCACAGGCAGCAGAUCAGCUGAACCAGCGAUGGGCGGGAUUCUGUGUCCUGCUGGCGGACCGGCUGACAUGGCUGGCUUACCAGACUAAGGUGCUGGCCUUCUACAGCUUGUAUGAGCAGUGUGAGCAGGCAGUGGACACCAGUGAGAACUGGCUCAAAGUCCAGGCGCCUCCAGCGUCGGACCCAGAACCUCUCAGAGUACAACUGGACCGAUGUCGGGAGGAGGUGGCUCGCCUGUCCUCUCUGCAGCCCCAGGUGGACCUCCUUGAAAAGCGGCUGAAGGAGCUGAAGGAUGAAAAGGAAGGAGAUGAGGACCCUUCUGCCUUCCUGGAUGCUGACAUCACUGCCUUCAAAGAACACUACCACAAGGUGCUGGAGGAUCUGCGGGCCAGAGAGAGGCAGCUACAACUGGUUUUGGAAAGCUUGCCCCCAGCUCAGUAUAAGGAGACCAUAGCCACGCUGUUGGCAUGGUUACAGCAGUGUGAAGCCAAGAUUUCCAUCCCAUCAACGGCUGUAACAGAGUAUCCCACUAUGGAGCAGAGACUCAAGGAUCUGCAG